CUGGUAAUUUUGCCUAGCCCUCCCUCCCUCAAAAUAAUUUUAGGCGCAGCAUUCCAACCUAGUCACGUGAUAAAAAUAAUCCACAUAUCCGUUUUGUAGCUUGGCGAGAAAUAUUUCAAACGCACUUCUAAAUUUAGUGAUUGUGGCUGGUGUCCUGUUGACGUUUCAGGACGUUUUUAUGCAACCAUGAGUCGAGGGACGACUUCGGUGACCGGCGACAUAAAAGUGGAGAAGAGUAAAAUGAAAUGGGAUCCAAAAACACUAGAAAUUCGGACGCAUUCAGUCGAGAAGACCCUCGAGCCACUUGUUCACCAGGUAAAUUUUGUAUCGUUGGGUUAUCCAGCUUACCUCGAUUUUUAGUGGAGUUACUUUCUGAAAUAUCAAACGAUGUCUCAACACGGUUUCUUAGUGAUGGCUCACGAAAAACAUUCUGUCCAGUUGCGAAGAGCGGAGAGCGUCCAUGUAUCCAAGUUUUUUCUCCUCGAUCAAAUUGGUGUCUCGUCGAACGAUGAAAUAUUCCGUACUGUUCUUGCCGCAGCUCGAGUGUUUUUACUUUAACAUGUAAAUUAGCUUUAAGAGCAAAAUUCAAGUUUUUUAUCUUACCUAGAGCUCUGUGAAAACCCUGUAUAAUCUCCAUUUUGGCGGUAAGAUCUUCUACACUUAAUUCCAGGUGAACAGAGUCAAAAUAUUGUCAACGUUUACUUAACUCUUCCUUUCUGUUCACUGGGCCAUCGUUUAGCUUAAAACUGAACGAAUUUUAGCAACAAAUUACGGAUUGUCAUUGGAUGUACGUUAGACCACCGGGUAUUCUGCGUCCGUGCUGUUAGCGAAUCCUUAAAAUCAAUGUUGUAAACCGUUGAUAAGGAAAUUUUCAGCUAUUUAAACCGGCGAUUUACCGGUGUCUCGUUACUAAGAAUUCAGCGAUAAACGAGGGUGCGGCCAUUUUCCUUUCGUAAAAUGGCAACCAAAAAUAUAAUCAACCGCGUAUUUGUGUAAAUAAUCUAUGGAAGUCUCUUCGCCUCGUUUGGUUUUGAGUCCAGGACUGUCACUUGUUAAACGUCAUGUGUAGGUUUUAUCAAGUGAGUUACAGUAAUUGCUUCGGUGCCGCCUUUCAUUGCGCCUGACAGUUAUCAAGGUUGUCAAGGAUGAGUUACCUUUCGUUCCUGUAAUUAUAAAGAAAUUACUACCCUGCAUGGGGUUAAAUGUUGCCUCUCUGAUCUUGGAAUGUUUCAUGUUGUCAACUGAUAAUAACUUUACUGAAAAGUUUUGUAAGUGCAUGCACAGUGACUCCACAACUGUAGUUGAACAUGUCAGUGUGUAUCCACAAUUUUUUCCCCUGUUAUAUUUUAUGUCAUGACAUUAUUUUGAUAUAAGAGAUCAUGACAAACCAAACCUCACAGUAGAUAGAAAAAGAAAGUUAUUUCCCUGGACCAAAGUUAAUGGUGCCCCAAAAAUUUGUUAUGCAGUCUUUCAAAAGGACUGCAAUUUGUGCCACUAACACAGCAAUGAUCUCCAUGUCUCAAGUGCUGUAAAGAGAGUUAAGUUUCCCUAAAAAUUUUCAAACAGCUUCCACCACCAAAAAUUUUAAUCUUAAACAAGCCCUAAAAUAGAAAGGAAUUGCAUGUGAUGGCAUUUUCUUAUCUAAUAAUAUUGUAAAUGCUUGAAUUCUGAAGGUAAAGAGCCCUUUUUAUGUCUCUAUCAUUAAUUCAUGUAAGAUGCAUCUUUCCUGGAAAACAAGUAAAUCUCUGUCAGGGUACAUGUGUAAACAAGACCUUUUCAUGACAGUGAUCAACCAUGUUCUUGUUUGCAGGUAACAACCCUGGUUAAUCAUCCAAAGAAAAAGGGUAGCAAACUUGGAAAAUCUAAGAAUGCCCAUAAGCUUGCCCAAGACAUUGAAGAUGCUACAGCUCGGCUUAUAAAAACAGGGGAGGAAAUUGCUCAAGAGUUUCCUGAAAUCAGAGAAGAAAUGUUAGCAGCAUGCAAGGACUGUCGUGGGGCAGGUAUGGCCUGGGUUAGCUGGAUUUUAUCAGUGGAAUUGCCAUUAAAUUGUUUUUUAAACUUCUUUAAGGCAGUUGAAUAAGAAGCCAAAGAAGGUCUGAUCUUCUUAAGUAUAAAGAUUUGAUCUUGUCUUUCAAUAUGUCUGCAUGGUAUUUUAAUCAUUAAGCUAUAUUUUGUCUAUCAACAUCAUCUGUAUGCCUUGGUAGUCCUUACAUUUUUAAGGGAUAAAUGUUGCUGAAAAUAUGUUGUCUUACUGGUUGAACAUGACCUCAUUAUUUCUCUUUUAGUUUUCAUUUUACUCAGACAUAACUUUUCCUUAAGUGUAGGAUAAUUGGAGAUUGGACAUAUAAAUCAUUGCUGUCAGUAACUAAACAGAAAAUUUAUAUAACAUCCUAGUAGCCACAAUGUUGGCAAUAAUUACCAGCAGCUAGCUAUGUACAGCACUUAGUUAAAAUUCUUAAUUUACAAUUCUUAUAUGUAACUACUAGUAGAUUUGUCAAGAGUUAAAGGUUUUCAUCUUGCUUUUCAGGUGAUUCAAUGCGAGUUGCAGCCAAAGAAUUUGCAGAUGAUCCAUGUUCGUCAGCCAAAAGAGCUUCAAUGGUCAGGGCUGCUCGGGCAUUGUUGUCCUCUGUUACAAGGUUGUUGUGUGUUGCUGACAUGGCAGAUGUGUAUCGCCUCCUUGCCUCACUGAAACUGGUCAGUAAAACAUUUUGAUUUAAUACUAACAGUAAUACCAACAUCCCCUUCUUCUUUCUCCCCUCUGAGAUAUUAAGAUUCUUCCAUGUUGUUCUUCCAUAUGAAUUUUGAUGGCUGUUAGUUCCACUUUUUGCAUGUUAUUCAAAAUCAUUGUUAAAAGUGUUCUUCAAGUGGUUAGAAGUUUUGCCUUGUGGUUCAAAAUACUCUGCAUCAGCAUCUUUGACCAACAGAAGAUCCUAUGUGUCAGCAGUUUUGGGUCUGAUUUAGGAGUCACAAGAAAUUGUUGACACAAAUAUAAUCCCCUCUCAUUAGGUGUUAAUCUAAUUUUGUAGUUGUUUCAUAAGUUAAAUUUUGAAUCAUUUUUGUUGUUUACUUUGGUUAGGUGGAGAAGAGACUAAAGGAAUUAGAAAAAGCUAGUAACACUGCAGACUUGUUGAAUUCUUUUAAGAAUCUUGGGAAUGACUUGAUGGACUUGGCAAAACUUUCUGGCAAGAGACAAGCAGUAAGUGAUCUUAGUAUUGUUUUCUAGAGGUUUCUUGGUUCUGUGACCUCUUGGUCAGACAGUUUAAACUGACACUGAAUUCACCAUUUAAUGAUUCAACUUUUGUUUCCUUGAAAUAUUCAGGACUUAAAAGAUCCACAUAGGAAAGAUGACAUGGCUGCUGCUAGGGCUACUCUUAAAGAGUCAAGUAAAAUGCUGCUGUCCUCCUCUAAGGUAAAUUCCUUUAAAUCAUUGUCUGCAGCUGUAUCAGUGUUUAUUAGGCAAGUUCUACUUGACCUUUUGCAAAUCUACAGCUGUAUUUUAGCAGUCAUUUUUUAGUUGUACUUAACAGUUAAAAGAAAUAGAAACCAUUCAGUUAAUUAUUAAGGGCUGAAAGCUCCCCUUGAUCAGAGACUACACAGCUGGAGAUUUGCACGAUUUUCGCAAGGGACUUAUUUUAAAAUCUGUCAAUGACUGAAACACAAUUCUAGGUUUGUAUUGCUUUUAAUGAAUGUUGGCAAAUCACAAACACAUACAGGAAACACCCCCCCCCCUCCUAGAGACAUGUAAGUUCUGCAAAACUAAGUACCUGGGUGUCUCAUAAAACUUUUCAAUUAAGAACUUUUUUAGUAUUGUGCUGACCUUUGUGCUUCUUUUAGGCCUAUGUGCGUCAUCCUGAAGUGGAUUCUGCAAAAGCCAACAGGGAUUAUGUGAUGAAGCAAAUGUCUGAAGCAGUGAAUGCCAUUUCAGGUGCAACACAGGCUACUGGCUCAGGUGGACCUCACCCAUAUGAGACUCCAGGGGCAUUGGCAACAGCUUUGGAUGACUUUGAUGUGAGUAGAUUGUGAAGACAAACAAAUUUUAUCAAAUUUUUCUAAUAUCAAGCAAUUAGCACCUGUUUGGAAAUUUACUGAGUCAGACACUGUAAGGCCUAAGCAAGGAAAUAAGUGAAUAUCUAGUAUUAACUGGUUACAGUCUCAGCUGUUGUUGGCAAACUAGUGGACUACUUUUGAGGUGCCACAGGGGAAUUGAACAUGGGACAACCAUGGAUAAAUCUGUUUAUAAGUUAAAGGCACAAUUCAUAGUUUACCUUGGAACCCCCAGAGCACCUGUCACCACACAGCAUUGCCACCCCUUCCAUUACUGGGUAUGGCAGUGAGGGACAUUUUGAUAUAAAAGUUAUGCAGAAGCAUUUUAACAUGUUGCAUUAUGUGCUUAGCUGAGUGAUACUUAUAGAACAUGUCGAGAGGAAUACUUAUCCAAUAUAAUCUAAAGCUAUUCCAUCUUAUCACAUUCAUGUGAUUAAUUAAAUUGUGUCAUAAUACCCAGUUAUUAGGAUGAGCUUCCUUUUUUAUUUUCAAAGUAUCCAGUCAUGUAGUACAGCUUAAACUGUGCAUGUUUCUUUGUAUUUCAGUCCCAGAUUAACAUGGAUCCAACUUCAUACUCUGAAAAGCGCACCCGUCCCACAUUGGAGCAGCGUCUUGAAAGCAUCAUCAGCGGAGCAGCACAGUUAGCUGACUCAAUAUCAACAAGAGAUGAUACACGGGACAAGAUUAUAGCAAGCUGUAAUGGUGUGCGGCAAGCUCUCCAGGAUCUACUGUCAGAGUAUAUGAAUCAUGUAAGAACUCCAUAUUACUCAAGCAGAUAACACGUAUCGUAAAUUGAUGGGACAUUUUGAGGACAGUGGUCCAAUGUAAAACUUGCUUUAAAACUCCAGCUGUUGACCCAUAAUUUCUCCCUACAGUAUCACUGGUGAAUCAAUUGUUAAUUCAUAAGAGUAAGGAGCGAUCAUCAACUUUAGAAGUUCUGGGUUAUUCAGCAAAUUCGCCUUUUCACUACCAUACAAAGUUGUGGGGAAAAGUGAAGACUGUGCAUACUGAUGUUAGGUUGUUAAUGGUUAAAAGUUAGACUGACUUGUUCAGUGCCAAGGCUGUGGUAUAGGGAUGUUUUUGCAGAAUCUGGUAUUUGUGGAAAUUAAGUCUUUGUUACAGUCUUUUGACAUUUUGUUUUUCUUUUUUGGGUGUAUAGGCCACAGGAAAGAAGAAGGCUGCUCCUGGAGGGUCUCUAGACCAGGCCCUGGAAAGGAUGUGUAACCGAACCAGGGAGCUGAGAGGCCAGGUAAAAUAAUUCAUGAAUAAGGCAGCUUUUGAUAUUUUAUUUUUCCCCUAUAGAGUGAUUUUGUCAGGCCUUUGAAAACACCUGUCAUCAAAAUCUGGGAUGAAUGCAAGGAGGUUAGAGUGUUGACCUACCCAGAUACCCUAGUUCCAGCAUUGUGAAACCAGCCCUCCUCCUUUCAUACAUCUGACUCCUGCCUUUUUAGUUCCAUCUUGUAGAUGCUUACUCACUGACAUCUUUUAAAGCAAGUCUACUUACAUGUAACUCCAUUCCUUUUACUGCUGCAGACUGAAUCUGCAAGUCCAUUUGAAUCAACCAGUGCUUGGCCAGAAUGUGGCCUGUUACUUUAAAGGAAAGCCACUAAUAUUUCUUGAUUUUGUUUUCUAGUUGCGUCGUGCAGUUGUGGAUCAUGUUUCUGAUUCUUUCUUGGAGACCACAAUGCCACUGAUCAUGAUGAUUGAAGCAGCUCAAGCAGGGAAUGAGAAAGAAGUAGAAGAAUGUGCCAAGUUAUUUACAGACCAUGCUGCAAAACUUGAAGAGGUGAUUUUUCAUUUUAAUUAGUUUAGUUAUUUGGUUCAAUAGUUUACAUUGUGCAUAUUUGUUACUAUUCAGUUUCAUCCUUAGUGUAAAUUUUAGCUUUCUCUUUUUGUAUCAUACAUUACCAUACUGGAAAACAAAUUAAUAGGACAGACACGUGAACCUAUCAGAAAACUUAAAGCAAUAAAUCCAUGGUGAUUAAGGGAUAGGUUGAUUUUUUUAUCUGAAUCUAUAUCAAAAGGAUUACAUAGUAACCUGAUGUUAUUGAAUCUAUUUCAAAACAAUUUUUGCUCUUCGCAUUUCUUCAGGUGGCAAAUCUUGCCUGUUCUAUGUCAGUGAAUCCUGAGAAGGUAAAGAUGGUGAGACUAGCAGCCAAGAGAUUGCAGAACUUGUGUCCUCAGGUAAGGAUCAGCUUUGCAUAAACAAUGAGAUUGUAAUUAAGGAUCAAAGUUUUAAUGAAAAAGUAUGCUCCAAAAACUGUAUGUAUUGUACCUCUACUAUUCAAAAGUAUAGUUUGGAAAAUUUGCCUCAAUUCUUGUUCUGUAUUUAGAUUCAAAGCAGUAACUUUACAGUUGGUCAUUUAUUGUGUGUAUUUAUGUAUGAAUUGUAGGUAAUUAACGCUGCUCGAACACUAGCUGCCCGUCCUCAUAGUAAGGUGGCUCGAGAAAAUAUGGAUGUGUUCAAAGAGGCCUGGGAACAGCAAUUGCAGGUUCUCACUGAGGCUGUUGAUGACAUUACUGGAAUUGAAGACUUUUUAGCUACUACAGGUAAGUGCAUUUCAUGAGUGUAGGAGAGGAGGUGGAAGGAAGUUUGUGACAAUCAUCUUCAUCAAUAAUAAAUGAUGAUUGAAUUUAUGAUAAUGAAAUAAUUUUGAAUGCUAUCACCAGUUUUAUCCCUCAAAGAGACCCCUUACUGGAAUAUCCUGCCUGUGCCCUUGUCACCUAAGUGUGCAGUGUUGUGUAGCUCUUUCAACUCACAAGAUCUUGAUGGUUAAUUCUUCCCCCAGCUACUACGCAAACCUCGUAAAUUACAUGUAGUUGGGAGAAUUUGGUUUUAGAAUACAGAAUCACACAUUAAGGUCAAGAAAAUCAAAUUCUCCCUCUGAUAAAGGUCAGUAACAAAGGAAAUACGGUAUAAUUAUAGGGAAGGGUAAAACUAUGGAGAAUCUGGACAUUGAUGUUAGGGUGUUCUCUGUUGUGAUCCAUCAGAGGCUCAUGUCUUGGAAGAUGUGAACAAAUGUGUCCAGGCUCUGCAAGAGAGAGAUCCCGAGAAUGUGGACAGGACUGCUGGACAGAUACGUGGACGCACAGCAAGACUGGAAGAUGUGGUCACUGCAGAAAUGGAGAACUACCAACAAGGGCCAUACACGGAUAAUGUGAUGAGAGCAGUCAUGUACAUGAGGAAUGAAGGUAAGAACUCUAGCUUGUACGUUAUGAAAAGUAUUUUUAUACGCGAGUACUCCAAAAUGACCAGUGCAUCGACGUACUGUCGUUACAUGUAUGGCUUGAGUAAACAAAUCUCAACAAUUGCAAUGCAAUUUUUUAUUCAUGUUAAAAAAAGAAGAGUGAAGCAUUUGCUCGAAUUGAAUAAUGACAAACUCUUAUAGAUUCCGUCCGACGAAAAUGAUUCACGAAAAUUCUCAAAGAAAUUAAAUCCCUUAAUAUCCUUCAUGGCAAGAAAAAGUACAACUAUGUUCUGUUUUUCCUUUUAGUUUCGAUUUACCCUUGAAUUCUUCGUGGGAAACAGUGAUACUCCCAGGGAAGCAGAAGUACAGUAUAGGUGUUUCCUCUGGAUCUUACAUUAAGAGUCUAACAACAUAUGCUUCUGUAUGUUCCUUUUCAGUGAUUCCACACUUCGCUCAGAAUGUUGAGAGAUCUGUAAACACACUGGCUAAAGAUCCACACGGAGAAGUGGAUGAGGCUCAGUUUAUUGAUGCCUCUAAACUGGUAAGUUGAAGCUUAACGUUCAGUGCAGCAGUUAUAUAUAGGUACUAGUCUUGGAAAAUGACCGUAAUAAUUUAUCAGAGGAAAACUUGCUAACAAACACAAUUUGGAAAUAUCGCUUUUACAUGAACUCGAAACCAACCCUUUCUAAAAUUGUUGGAAAAGCCGUGGUCGUUUAAACCAGGAUCAGCUUGUUUGAUAUGUUUUUUGCGUUCGUUCCGGCGUGCACAGGCAAACACAAUGCCAGUGCGAGGAAAGCGCGCGGGGUGAGUCAAUUGGUAGAGCGGAAGAGCGGAAAAAAAUGAUGGAUCAUGUUUUCGCGCCCCUUCUAACGAGCGUGACUAGCCUCAAGCGUUUUCUUCCGUUCGCCCGAAAAACCCGAUUAAAAAAUUAACGCCUGGCUAUUCUGAGGUUUACGUCCAGGAUAUGUUAAUUGAACCAGAAGGUAAAUGUUUAAAUACCAGGGUAAUACUUGUGUUAUUAUUUUAGGUGUAUGAAGGUAUAAGAGACAUCAGGAAGGCUGUUCUCGCUGGAAGGGUAGGUUCAUUUUAUUACACCCAUCUUUAUCCAUCUUUAGUUUCAUUUCCAUUAGCUUUCUUUCCUGCGGCCAGUUUCUCAUUUCUUGGCCGAUCCGUUCAGCGAGUCAGAAGUAAUCAACGAAAUAACGAUGAAUAGAAAAUAAGAAAAGAUUAAUUGCAAAGAUGCUAUAGUGAGUGGCAAACGUCGUCUGUAACCGCCCUCAUUUCCCCCCCUUCCUCUUUCCUAUGUUGCCUGGUGCUGGUGUGAACAAAAUGCUCACUAAUUUUCAUGCAACAUUGUUUGGGGGGGGGGGGAGGACUUUAAAGUGAUGAGUUACGGGAUAUAUGUUUGAUACAUACACUGUUAUGAUCGCGAGAGAAACAUUGACUCACAUCUGCAUUUUGUUAUUUUUGUCUUGGCAGAGACGAGGUGGUCCUGGUGAAGAAGUGGAAAUGGAGGAUGCAGCUGCUGUGCUGUUCGCCGAGGCACAGGCUCGUGCCAGAGAACAAGCUGCCUAUGAACAACUCAAAGCGAGUGGUAUGUUGACAUAACAAAGUGAUUGAUUAUGCAGAGAAAAGAUAAAACUUGCACAUGCCGAGAGUGUCCAGUGAGGAGUUCCAUGAUGCACGAGUCUGUGAAACCAUAUUCUCUUCAAUCUAUUCUUGAAUAUGAUCGCAAAAGGCACCAAGGAAAAUAUGACAGGAGCCUUUUAGAAAUCACAUUAAAGACAAGCAAACUGCAUGAUUUAUUUAUUUUAUUUACUAUUGAUUUGCAUUUGGCUUCUGAUUGGUUGAAAGAUGGCGCCAGUUUCGCAGGAAAAUGCAGAGAAAAACCAAUGUUAUUUUAAAUGCUUACUUAAAAGUUGCCCCAACUUCUGUUUUUCAUUCUAGGUAAAUUACAAUUUGAAGUGCGAGCUGAAGGAGGUGAAGAUGAAGGGGGGAUGGGUGUGUCGUCUAUCAAGGUGAACGGUGUGGAACAUUGCCCCAGGAAGCCUGGGCACAAUGUUGUUGUACUUGAUCCGAUUGGUGACGUGUACGCAGUCAGAAAUUUUAACACCAAUUCAGGGGAAGGCCCGGCUAUGGGACAGUUUUUGAACCAACUUCCUGAGGAUCAUGUUGUUCUUGUGGCCACACAGGAGCUGACAAGCCGAGAGCAGGGUAAGGGUUAAAAACGAAGAGAACAGUUCUUGAGGUCGAUCGGCCUGGUCAUGGCGCGUUACAAUCGUCUCGAUAUCCUGAUUAGAUAACGAAGCGUCUGCUAUUUUUUCUUAACUUGCUACCAAGCGUUUGAGAGAAAAUUUCAUUAAAAAUGCAAAGUUUGCGUCAGCGUUAUGUUAGCAUGAAAUAAGCUACACAGUUGUUACAUACGCAAGGGACAGAAGAUAAGUGUGUUGCCUCUUGCGGCUCCAAAAUUUAUUGGAUACACUGUGAUGAACCAAAACCAAAGUAAUAAAAGCAUUCGAUAAGUAAAACUGAUGGAAAUAUUGUAAGGCUUCAAUGUGACUGGAAAAUGAAAACAGGCAAGUUUCCUGAAGCGCGACGAAACGCCAAGUCGCAACUGGGUUUUUUUUUUAUUCUAAUCGGUGGGAAGGGUGGUGUUGGGUCUCUAGACCAAUCACAUAACGAAGGAGGGCGAAGCCAUGCUUUACUUUUGACACUGAAUUGAAAAUUGCUUUACUUGGUUUGAUCUUUAGGUAAUAAUGUGGCCGCCGCAGCACCAUCGCUGGAGCGUCUUGGAGCAGAGGGACCAUUUGACGCUGGUUUUCAUGGAUCUUACGCCUUCUCUGGCUGUACUGGACCCGCACCAAGAUUUUACACUAAAGCUGAGGUGCGACCCAGGUACCAUGGACCGGCAAUUGUGGCACAACUCAUUCCCACUCCAGCCGCACAGAAAGGUUCGUUGUCUUAAUUUGUUAAUAUUUUUCGUUUUGCUGCUGAUAGCCAUUUUUCGACUUUGUGGAUUGUUAGUAGAUAUGUGUACCAGUAAAUGAGAGUCAUAGUGGAUCACAGAAUGGCAUGCUGUUUUGUUUUUGGUUCAGAACUCUUACAGUAAUUGCUUUAAUUCUCACAUUAUUAGCAAUACUACUAUUAUUUUCAUGCAGCACAGUCUAGGACAAGCUUUAGAAGAGAUGAACUACGGGCUCACUAACAUGAUAUCCUAACAACUAGUAGUAUUCAGUACAAGACUGUAAUAGUAUAGGAAGGUGUUGUGUUUCAUGUUACGAAGGUCGGACAAAGGAAAAACCCCAGUCCCCCGAAAGAUUCUAACCUCAGACCUCCGAUGUUGCACCAUUAAGCUACGGAAUACUCUUUGGUGAGAUAGGGCCAAUGCUGGGGCGUGUUGUAGUGGAAAUCUCUUUUCCAUCAGAACACCGGAAGUCUGUUGGUUCAUUGAACUAUUUUUGAAACAAGUCUCAUUUGUAUUGGUAAUUUUAUUAACAGUGAUAAAAAGUGAUACCCGUGUAAAGUCUAUUGCUGCGUUGUUUCAGGAAUGGUUCGUGUUGCGAUCGUCGCUACCGGAGAAGAUGAUCCAAAGGGAACAGGCCGAACAUCAAUCAAAGUUAAUGGCAUCGAGAGAUCGCCCAUGCAGCGAGGACACAAUAUUGUCAUACUGGACAGUGACAGAAACUUUAUCAUGGCGGCUAACUUUGACACAGCAGAUCCGUCUAAAGGGGAGGGGGCAAAGAUGGCCAAGUUCUUACAACAGCUUCCUCAGGAGAGGAUAGUGCUGAUUGGUACUCAGGGAACCACUGGUGAGUAUGGUUUGUUGCAUCUAUGGGCACCUUUGUGGGAUCUUCACACAAAUCAGUGAUUACCAAGUAUGACGUUCAGGCAAACGAUUGUUCAAAACUGUGCCGCAGUUCUUUAACGUGAUUGGUUAUAGGAGGCCCGAUUUGCGCACUAAUUUGACAGUUAUGCCUGUAAUUUGAUUGUCUAAGGGGAAUUUUAGGCGUCAUGCCGGUUUGAGUUGGACGGUGUGUUCUAUUUGCUAUACCGACUAUUGAAUUUAAAAUUUUCGCAGAGAAAGUAAUCUCUGUUGUUGCCAUUUAUUACUUGUGCCUUAAAUCGAUAGGUGUUUUGUUUCUUAAAUACCGUCAUAGUUUUGACUUUACUUUUUCCAGUUACCAACAUUAACUCUCAUGGUUUUUCUCACUUGAUUCAACAGGUACUUCCGUGAAUGACGCAAAGGAGGCUCUUUAUGAGAUAGGUGCCACAGGCAAUGUUCAUCCUGGGUUCCAUGGCUCUUGGGCCUUCGUGGGGUACACAGGGCCCGGGCAAGUUAAAUGGGCAAAAAAUAUAAGCCAACCGCGGUACCAGGGACCUGCAGUUAUCGAAGAAAUGCUGACUAGUCCGUCAGCAGAGGAGGAAAUAAGUAAGAUGUCGUGGGUUGAAUGAGAUAUUUACUAUUCCAUAACCCGAGAUUAGUGGGAUAUUUACUUUGUUGGAUUGUCCACAGGUGCCAUGACAGCAGCAGAGUCUGAGUACGAACCAGUGUCUGAUUACGAAUUUGAGGGAGCAGUUUCUGAUUAUGAGGCACGGUCUGAGUUUGAUGACACUGACGAAUGGGAAAAGGAUAAGAGUAUAUCAAAGAGGAGUGCAAGGGUAGGAAUACCACUGUUUGUCCUCUUUCAUUUACCGUAGGCAAGGGAGUGUUUCGCGUGUCGAGUUUCGCGCGUCGCGCGUUGCGUGUCGUAUGACUAAAGCAAAAAUACAGUCGCGAAGGAGGAAGUUCUGUAGCUUGAAAACUGUGUGGUAGUUUAAUUCAGAAGGAUGACGGCAUCGGAGCAAAUUUUUGCGGUCCGAGUGUACCGAAAUUUCCUUUGGACCUAAUUUUUUCGACUUUCUCUUCAAGCAGCAGAACAUUGUCUAGGAAAGAAACGUCUCUUAUAUUCAUGAUAUUUCACUUUAUUCUCCCACAUAGCUUAUAACUUUGUUUUGUUUUUUCGUGGACAAUCCAGAAAAUCCGCAGGAAUUUUAAAAUCCAAAAAAUCCGUCUUAAGUAUUCAGUUUCUACACUCGUCACAUAAUCGCCUUCUUGAGUUUGUAACACUAAUUCUUGGUUAUUUCUGAUCUUGUCUCCAGUCCCUUAUGAGAGCUCUGCCAGCAGAAGAAAAAGCUAAGAUUGAACAGCUGGCCGAGGGACUGAAACUAGAGAAGAAAAAGCUGGAAAGAGAGUUGACCAAAUGGGACGAAAGCGGAAAUGAUAUUAUUAUCCUGGCGAAGAAGAUGUGCAUGAUGAUGAUGGAAAUGUCCGACUUCACAAGGUAGAGUACGUUUUUAUAAUGGUUUUUGCGAGUGUCUGAGUUUGAGACGGAAGCGAAGUUGGAGACGAGGUCGUUGGAGCGCUCACGAGGUAUUGAAUAUUGGAAGGUGGAUUCGUAAGCGGAGCCGCAAGAUCGACGGAGUUGGAGUCGUGAGGAAUUCGGAACGUGUUUGUGUUCAUCCGAUUCCGCAAAUUCUCCUCUGAAACCAAGAUCGUCGUAGUUGCAAAUUUAUCCAUUGUAAUGCUGGUUCCGAGGCUUCCGAGUAUGGCACUACCCUCAAAGUCUGUCUGCUAUACAUUUCUCAUUAUGUUAGAUCGGAGAAUUUUGGUAUUGGAUCAACUAAUAAUUCCCUAAUUAAUAUUUAUCUUUAUUUUCAUAACUUGUCUGUCUGAUAUAUGUGAGGAGAAAAUCUGUCUUGGUCACUCAAGGAAGUUACGGGUUUAGCAACGGAGUCACAGACGAUAUCAAUAUUAUGCUGGUUGUUCCGAUGAUGUCUUUAUGCUUCUGAUAACACCUCUAACUCAGACCCCGUUUUUAUUGGAAAACAGAACUGUCGUCAAUAAGCCAUGAAAUUGUGAAAUUUUCAUUAUUUUUUUUGUUGUCAUUUUGACUUCAGGGGAACAGGACCGCUGAAAACUACGAUGGAUGUGAUUGAUGCUGCUAAGGUAAGGAACAGUGUUUUGGGUGAAUUUCAGGGUUAAUUGACCAUCGAUGAUUAUGCUAUUCGUUCUUCAUUCUUCAGAGAAUUGCCAAAGCUGGAAGAAAGAUGAAUGAAAAAGCUACCGAAAUUGCACAGAAGGUAAAUUCUUAACUCAAGGAGGCAUUAUUGAUCAACAUGUUUUGGCAGCGGCUGAAAUAGAUUUCUGGGCCCAAAAUGCUCUUUAAAAAAGCGCUCUAAUUUUGUUGUGUGGAUUAGAGGUUCUAAGCUCUUUGUUGAGUAUAGUUUAUGCUAGACUCUGACUCAGUGGAGACAAGUGAAGUAGGUGAAAACUGCAUUCGGAAGGAACAGGCUAUGUUCCUCUCGCUCGACAUUUUCACUCUUCUGAACUGACUGAAAUCCUAGAACAGGGUUUUGAUUUUUGAAAUUGUUGCGUUUCUUCAUUUGGUUAAUACGCCAACUUCUACUUAUAUUUUUAUUAGUGUCCUGAUUCAAGUUCAAAGAACGAUCUGUUAGCGUACAUACAGCGCAUUGCACUGUAUUCCCAUCAGCUAACCAUCACAGCCCGAGUAAAAGCUGACGUACAGAUGAUCAGUGGUGAACUUGUAGUGUCCGGGGUAAGUUCGUCUUUAUCACUGCUCCUCAGUAACAUGAUAACUUCUAAUCUCCAUUUGAAUCAUUGUUAUUUCACAACAAAAUUUUUCUUUUUUUUGGUGGGGGGUGGGAAACUUUUGCCUUCAUCGGGUGUUAAGCUAAAGAAGCGACGUUCAAAUGCGUUGCGUUUUUUUUCGUGGAAGGUCCUUAAAAAUUGUACUCUACUUCUGACGAAAGAAUAAACUCGAAAAGAUUGUGAAAUGUGGGGAACAUCGACUCGAAUUCCAAUUAAAAAACUUUAAAAAAGUAGGCAUACGUUUUCCAUCCGGUCUCAUCUUUACGUUAUUUUCUUUCAGUUGGACAGUGCUACUUCUCUCAUCACAGCGGCUAAAAAUCUAAUGAACGCUGUCAUUUCUACAGUGAAGGCCUCGUAUGUUGCUAAUACCAAGGUAUGGCUAUCGCUCUCUUUAUUCUCUUCACAUCUCGUUGCUUGGUUGAGCUUGUGUUUCUUGAGAGUUGGGUCAACCACACAAUUAAAUGAACAUUUUAUCAAUGUUUUAUCACUGGAAAUUUAUCUUUUGAUGUCACUCAUAAAUUUAUACGUUUCCUUUCUGGUUUACAGCACAAGUCAGGAGAUGCAAGGGUAAGAGAGAAAUUCAACUUUUUGCUUAACAGUGUGGUUAUCACUUUUUUCAGAUGUAAUCAAUAAGGAAACUUUAGGCGAGGGUUUCGUUGUGUAGUUAGAUACAUCGUUAGGGCUUCCAAUUCAAAUGGUACUUUGUUAUUUGCAACAAGCUUUUGGACCUCGGGAAUACAAUAAUUUGAAUUUGAAGUCACCUAUACCAUUUUUUCGAAACUUUGUUCUCGGUAACACUUAACUUUUCCCUUCACGGAAUCUAGGGCUCCAGUCUCACCUGGCGUAUGCGUGCACCGGAGAAGAAACCGCUGGUUAACCUCGAGAAAGAUGACCGCGUGCCACAAUUACAGCGUGCAGAGAAAGUAAAACAAGAGUCGCCCAUUCAGGCACUCUCUGAAUUUGACACUUCGGAGACGAAACGCACACCCGACUUUUACUAGGCAGUAACAUUUUACCGGCAGAGUGAACGAUGAAGACUUGCUUGCACAUGCAUUGGAUAUAGUUCUUUUUAUGAUCCAUGAAAAUAAAAUGCUUUAUGUAAAACCUUUAUGUAACCUGCUCAAAAGAGCUGGGAUUUGUCAAGUGCGACUGUGUGAAAUUCGAAACGAAUUCACAGACUAUUUUUUAGCUUUUUAGGUAAUGGUUGUAAUGAAUUUAAUGUUAGGUUGAUAUCGCCUUGUUUGAAGUACGAUCUCGUAGAAAAGUAGGUGAUUAAAGGCUAGAUUCUCUCAAAAUGAAAAAUGGUUGUAAAAAAUUUUGUUAAAACUACCAGAAGGAGUACAUGAUUUGUUAAGCGUUGUUAGGGUACAGUGGAGACAUGUUACGUUUUGCCUACGUAACUGCUGGAUUUUUAUAGAAUGACAAAAUAAUUUUGAGAGAGGAGACCUGCUGCAGGCUUUGCAAUUUUAGGUAGCUGUCAACAAUUCAAAUGGCGUCAUCGUGUCGCUAAGUAAGACUAUCAUUUAGGAGGCCAAAGUUGCUAAGGUAAUAACGUCACGGACGGUUCUUACAAACAUGACGUCUUUGUCGUUGUCAAGCACCCUGCUUAUUCAAGUCAAAGGUUUUCUUUUGAUCAGUCUGUGACAAAAUUGUAACACUAUUUUUGUAGUUAGGUAGCGUGGUUCCGAGAAAUGCACGCAAUGUCUUGCGUCACAAAAUAAAACAGCACGAAUCAAUGGG